GUCAGAUGCGACGUUCUAAGCGGAUGCGGUCGCCAGAUGGCUGGAUCGCGGAGUACAGCUGGGAGGAGAGGGUGGAGGUGCACAAAAGACCGAAGCGCAGCUCUCGCAGCGGGGAAAGAGAGCGGCAGCCCGGGAGAACUCAUCACUAUAAGACAUACGAAAGUUCAAAUGGUGUCAAGCGUGAUGAGAGAACCUUGAAGAGGUUGGAUGUGAAAGUUGUGGACUUUGGCAAUGCUACCUAUGACCACGAGCACCACACCUCUGUGGUGUCAACACGCCACUACAGAGCUCCGGAAGUUAUUUUGGAACUUGGCUGGAACCAGGCGUGUGACGUGUGGAGUUUGGGCUGUAUCCUGAUUGAGUUCUAUCUGGGAUUAACGUUAUUUCAGACUCACGACAGUAAGGAGCAUCUAGCAAUGAUGGAGAGGGUUCUAGGCCCCAUACCUGCACACCUGCUUCAGAAAACCAGGAAACGGCGUUAUGUGCAUCAUGACAAAUUGGACUGGGAUGAGCACAGCUCAGCAGGGAGAUACGUGAGGAAACACUGUAAACCUCUAAAGCAAUACAUGUCCUCUAAAACCCCGGAGCAUGAGCUGCUUUUUGACCUGCUGCAGAAGAUGAUGGAGUAUGAUUCUUCCAAACGAAUCACCCUGGAGCAGGCCAUUGGACAUCCCUUUUUCAACUCGAUAAGAAAAGAAAGAAAGUGACUUUGAGGCGACACAAAAUGAACCUUACUGCUCCCAGGGAGACUGCUGCUGACUGUAUCAGUCUGCUUUAAGACUGCCUGCAUCAUUACCUCUGUCUAUAUUUAUUGUCAAUUUGAUUAUAUGGGCCAAAUUUAUCUGUACUUUUGGCAAAUUAAACUUGAGUGCUUUGAAUA